CCUUUUUGGCUCAAUGUUCUCGUUCAAGACGGAGCUGUCGUGCCCGGUAUAAAACAGCGAGAACAACACUAAAGCGAGCACGCAGCGAGCUUUGCACGGCACCGUUUUGCUCCAAGGACCCGCACCCUCCCCGGCAGGGCCCCGCGCAGCCCCGGCCCGGAGCGAGCGAGCGCGCUGCCACCGUGCCGGGUUCUGCCCUGGAGGAGAAAAGCACCCCAGUACCGCGCACCGGCGCUGGCUGUCAGACUCUGAAGACUGACGUGCCCGGAGUUUGCUCUGUGCCCUUAGGAAAGGCACCGCAAACUCCCUCUUGGCUACCGACGGCUCCAGCUAGGAAACCCCGCAAGUUCGAGAUCGCGGGUUUUGUGGUUAUUUCUCACCAGCGUAUCCUGAAAUUUAAUUUUUGUUAACUUUAAAUAGUGACUAAUAAUCCUGGCCCAGUAAUUGGAAAAACUGACAUCAGUUUCCUUCGGCUGUGUAAAGAAAGCCCAGUGCUACUUUCAGCCUGCUAAGUUAUUUGCCAGCACAAGGAUUUUACAACCCUCUUUGCUGUUUCAGGAGACUGGCUGCUGGAAAGCUGCCCUGCCGUAGCCACUGACGCUAUGGAAGACCGCAUCCACUGGUCUAGGCUGUAGGAUGGUAGCGCACAGCAAGGUGUCAGCAGAUAAUGCAGUUGCAGCAGACCCAAGGUGUCUACUUGACCCUCCGGCACGGGAUCGUUCACAGGCUCGAGGCUACCAGGGCCCAGGCCGGCCCAGCACUGUGCAGGCACAGAGCAACACACACUUCCGAACCUUUCGGUCGCAAGCGGACUUCAGUAGCAUCACUCGAGCCAGCAGCCUGCUGGAUGCCUGUGGCUUCUACUGGGGACCUCUAACUGUCAAUGCUGCCCAUGAGAAGCUGAAAUCUGAGCCUGAGGGCACCUUCCUCAUUAGGGACAGCACACAGAAGAAUUGCUUCUUUGCCAUCAGUGUUAAGACUGCGACUGGGCCCACCAGCAUCCGGAUAAACUUUCAGACUGGGCAUUUCAGCCUGGAUGGCAGCAAAGAGACUUUUGACUGUCUUUUUAAGCUGCUGGAACAUUACCUAAGCUCCCCGAGGAAGGUACUAGUUACCCCCCUGCGCAAAGUCCGCGUGCAGCCCCUGCAGGAACUCUGCCGGAAAAGCAUUGUGAGGACUUUUGGAAGAGAGAACUUAAACCAGAUCCCCCUCAAUCCUGUUUUAAAGGACUACCUGAAAUCCUUCCCAUUUCAGAUAUAAGUACAGCAUUAACUGUAUAGGGAUGUGUGAAGAAAUCCAGCUCCCUGGGUUUUUAACCAUGUUUGACAGUGAGCAAACUUAUUUUUGUAGCAAUUUACUGUAUUUUGGGAUGGAACUUGAACACU